UCGACAACUGCCUGCCUCCAUCUCGCUCUCUCUGGAACCUGGCCGUGUGAUUGUCGACUGAGAACACCAGUGGCGAGUUAAAAGCGCUAGAGGAAUUUCCGGUCUUCCAUUGUUGGUCUCGACUUUUGACCACCACAUUUUUCCUCCUUCCCCUUUCCCUCUCCUCAAGUCGGUGUCCCUCACCUUCAUGCUUCCAACCAACAACAGUAUCUUUCUCUCCUAUAAUCCACCCCCCCUCCCAUGUUGGCACCGGUAUCCCCGAAGUUCCUGGCUUUGUCACUUUCCAGGCUAUCCCGGCUGCGAAUCUUGCUGGGCCAUCAUCCUAACGAACGUCUGGCGCUUCUCUUCACGAUGCGGUCCAGGCUCGCCGGGACCCAGGAGUCAGGUAAGGACGCUGAGUGCAAAGUUGCAAAGCCAGUGGAGGCAAUAUGACCCGUCAGGCCGCCCCCCAACCCUCAAUCUUCACAGCUAUCCCGGGCCAUGCGUGUGUCCGUCUGUUUUGACUGACAAACGACGAGAUGAAGAGUUCACCGCAGCGCCGUGGCCUGCCCCAAUCGGCGCAACAACCACCAAAAGAAACAAACAGGCCAUGUCGGAACGCGAUCCUCGCCCAUCGCUCCAAUUUUUCCUUCACAGGCACUGAUUGCAGGCCAGGCACAGGACGGCCAGAGCUAACACACGCGUACCUGGGGCGCCGUGUCCACUCUCUCACCAACUCCCGUCUGCGGCGAAGACGGUUAUUGUGACUAUGCCCGCGCCUGGCGGCAUCCUUCUCCGCUUCGCCAUCCGCCCUGUCCGCAACAACUGUAUUCGACACCCACUGGCAACAGUACGUUCCGGACGCGGGUCUCUUCAGGCUCCUCGCCGUGUAUAUCUAUGGGACGUCCCGAAUGACUGUUGUGGCCUUCUUCUUCCCUUUUCCGUCCGCCUGUAAAUGACCAUGCGAGAGAGAGAGAGAAAAAGAAAGAGAGACGGCUGAUGCCGAACAAAAUCGGCCCUACGAGACCCUGCGCCCAGGCCUCCGACGUCUGCUCAUACUCACGUUACCUCGGAUGGCACGCUACUGCGAGGUAGGGUGCAGAAAGACACGAGUAUCCCUGCGUUCGGUUUGGUACUUUGGAACCCGGAGCAAGGAUGCCGCGAAGCGAGAGCGUAGCCGGGCGUAACAAGAGUCAUCAUGGUGGGGGGUGCUGCAAAGGGAACUUUGGUGAAUGGGUAGCCAGCCUUUCGUCGCUUUUGUCGGAUUUCUCAUUAUGCCGCAAAAGCUCGAUACCUGCCACCUGACCCGGCGUGUCUGUCAAGCGCGCUCCCUUCCACCAGCCAGGAGGUGCUGUCUGAUUAAGUGCUGACCGUGACUCGACAAGAGCAGGUGCUUCCGGUGCGUCAUACUGCUUUUGUGUGUAAUCGGAUCACGCGAAGUCCCUGUCGGGUUCAGCCAUGCGCCGUCGAGCCUAUCUAUGAUCAUCUUAGGCGAACGAUUGUCGAGCCCGUAACACCAAUGGCAGCACCACCACACCGGCGGGGUUUAUCUGGCUCAAGGCCUCAUAGAACUCCCGAAUCCGCUUCGUUCAAUGCGGUCUUCUCUACCAUUUGGAUCUCACGCGAUGAUCAUCAUCCCAAACCUUGUAGCAGCAGGCGCUGUAUACUCGUCGCUUGAAGAAGUGCCCUAGCGAUGAAUACAUUAUUCAACGUCCAGGCCACCGCUUCAAAUGCCAAUGGGAGGGCCUCCCGCGACCCUAGAUGGAUUCUUAUCCUUGUAGAUCUGUCUAUGUGUGCACUGAGUACAUACAUCAGACCCCUUCCCCGACUGCCCUGGGAGAUCAAACCUACGGACCACCGGGCGUAACAAGAAAUGUGUAUAGCAGGCAGACCCUAUUGACAGUCGCAUAAGUCGCGAGCCCUCUGCCCGACAGCCUCACCCCAAGUCGAAAGUUCGUAGGCCUGUAGGCAAGUUACGAGUGACAUGGCCUUGCUAUUUAUCCCCCGUGUUUUCUUGUUCUAUGUUAUUACUCUGUGGUCAUCGCCUUCGUCGUUACCGGGCGCCGCUUAACCACGCUGUUCUUCAGAGCUCUCCGAACCAUGACUUGUAAGCCUGCUUUUUGCCGCUUGGCCGUCGUAGGAAGCCAGUACCUGAUGUUAGUGAGCACCAUGCUGAGUCGGGCGGGUAGCCAAGAAAAAUUGAGAAACCUCAUCUUGCCGAUGCAGUGACUAACUUCCCUAUGCCUCCGAGCCACCGGCUUCUGGAUCAUGAGAACUGAGAGAUGCACCAGACAGAAUCCAGAACGGAGACCCGAUGGUGUCGCUACCCCAGGUGCGUGAAGACAU